AUGGAUAACGAUAGCGACAUAGAUAGGAAGAAGUAUACUCAUACCGCUCGACUCAUCAAAGCAUCCGGAAGUUCGAGUCGACCCACACAUGAUUUUCCUGCUGGAUCAGUCAUGCGAGGAUUGCCGAGAGGUUCAUCACCAGGACUUCUCACGCUGGAUCUGUACUGUUUUAAAAAAAACAAGGGCGGGGACGAAGAUUGGGACGACGAUAAGGACGAAUAUCGCAGAAUUGAGACCGUUCAAUUACGCUUCACUGGACUCAAAAAUCCUCUAGAUCUCGUAGAUCAACCUUACGCCGUGGUUUCUAGUCCAGUAUCACCAGCAGGUAUUACGAAGCUCAAGGGAUGGAUUCAAGAAUGUGAUUCUACGCAUACUGACUGUCUGACUCACGUUACCACCACGCGCGAUUUCGUGCCAAACCGAUUGAUCAUGCUAGAAUCAAGCACGAACGAACACAUUCGACUGGUGUCACUCACCAAACAGGUACAUUAUGUCGCACUUUCAUAUUGCUGGGGUAGCUCUGAGCAGUCAAAGACCCUGAAAAACAAUGUGGGGGUGCGCAAAGGGCGUAUCCCCGUCACCGAACUGCCUAGAACGUUGCAGGACUCCAUCAGGAUGACGCAAGCUUUGGGAAUACAAUAUCUCUGGAUCGACUCUUUAUGUAUUAUCCAGGACGACGAGCACGACUGGGCGCUAGAGUCAUCUAAGAUGGCAGACAUAUAUUCGAAUGCAUGGCUCGUUUUAGCAGCCACUGGAGCUCCGGAUUGCGCGUCUGGCAUGUUGGAGAUACGAGAGCCUCCCUUUGUCAUCCCCCCGAACCAGCUGCUGGGAACAACUGCUUGUAUAUCGGUUCGGCGUACUGUGACCCAUGAUAGCACCGGGACCCGUUCUGUGAUAAGUCAGCCUUUGUGGAAACGUGCUUGGGCAAUGCAAGAAAGGGAAUUGGCACAUCGCAUUGUCCACUUCCUCCCAGACGAAUUUAUGUGGUGCUGUCGGGCCAGUACCUGGUGCGAAUGCGGCACCGACAACGAGUGUGGUGAACCCCCUAUUUUUCUUCUUUCGGAAUUCGCGCAACUCGAUCCCGCGAAGACUGCCACGGUGGAAGGAUAUGAGUUUGGCCAUGCAUGGAUAACAGUGCUUUUGCAGUACAGCAAACUUAAAAUAACAAGAUCGAGGGACACACUUCCAGCCUUGUCUGGUAUUGCCAGAUAUGUCGAGCAUUGGAGACCUGGUCAGUAUAUUGCAGGGCUUUGGGAAAGAGACAUCGCCCUUCAGCUUGCUUGGUACACUUGUGGAGCUCCAUGGGAGUCCCUAAAAAGGUCCAUGCGUGAUUUGGACGGACCUAGUUUUUCGUGGAUUACGUGUAAAGGACGUGUAUUCUGGAACUGGGAUCAGCGCUCAUACGAUCCACAAUGUACGUUUCUGGCAAGCAAGUCCAAACUAGCAACGGCAAACCCUUAUGGCCAAAUUCUGACCAGUUCCCUAAUCCUAAGAGGUCGUACGCUAGGAGCUGCACAAUUAACGCAUGGUCUGAAAGAAUUCGGAGAAGAAUCAAACAUAUGCGCAUAUAUGGACGAUCCACCCUACGACUUGACACACCUUCUCGAUAGCUCAAGUCAUAUUUUUCGGGAGCACCAAGGCAUCAUUGUUGGUUUUAUCUUGUCUAAAGAAUUCCUCUCUAGGACACAUAAGGCGGUGGACGGCAAGCACUGGGCUUUGGUAAUCCUGUUGCUACAACGCGACGCGACUGCUACUGCCUACAAACGCAUCGGUCUCAUCAUGAACAUAUCUUCAAAAUGUUGUCCAGCAGACCAACCUGAAGAGACCGUCACCAUCAUCUAG